UUCUUAGAUGGUUUUUCAUCUUUCAUGUCGCUGUUUUUCCAUUAAUUUGGUGGACUUUCAAUGCUCCUCUACUUUUUAAACAUGUUUAAACCAUCACAGUUAGCAAAGCAGUGAAGCGAAACUUUGCAGAAGAGAAGACGGUUAUCACUUAUUUAAUUUAUUUUUUUCUUUGUCACAAUGACCGAAGAAAGCAAAAGUGAGCACAGAGCCGAAGGCGGGAAGGAUUUGGACAAACAGCUGCGACUGCGAGUUUGUGUCCUAAACGAACUUUUAAAGACCGAGCGGGAUUAUGUCGGCACGCUGGAGUUCCUGUCGGUGUUUCUACAUCGUCUCAACCAGUAUGCAGCCACCAAACUUGAUAAGAACAUCACAGAUGAGACAGUUAAGGUUUUAUUCGCCAACAUCGAGGAGAUUCUGGCCGUUCACAAAGACUUCCUGUGCAUGGCGGAAGAGAUGCUCCAGCCUGACCCUCAUGCUCACCAUGAAAUUGGGCGCUGCUUCUUGCACUUUAGGAGUCGUUUCCAGAUUUACGAUGAGUACUGCGGGAACCACGAGAAGGCCCAGAGGCUGCUGCUGGAGCUCAAUAAGAUCAGGAGUGUCCGCACAUGUUUACUGAAUUGCAUGUUGCUGGGAGGUAGAAAAAACACAGAUGUCCCAUUGGAUGGUUACCUGGUAGCUCCUAUUCAGAGGAUCUGCAAGUACCCGUUGCUUCUGCGAGAGCUGCUAAAAAGGACCCCGAAGAAACACAAUGACUAUGCCCUCGUGCAGGAGUCUCUUCAGGUGAUGAAGGCAGUGUGCUCCAGCAUCAAUGAAGCCAAAAGGCAGAUGGAAAAACUGGAGGUUUUGGAAGAAUGGCAGUCUCAUAUUGAAGGCUGGGAGGGCUCCAACAUCACCGAUAAAUGCACAGAGAUGCUUAUGCAGGGUGUCCUGCUGAAGAUUUCAGCUGGAAACAUACAGGAGAGGAUUUUCUUCCUGUUUGACAAGUUGCUGGUGUACUGCAAGAAGAAAAACAGGCGUUUGAAAAACAGUAAGAUGUCCACCGAGGGUCCUCGCUACCUGUUCAGAGGGAGAAUCAGCACUGAGGUGAUGGAAGUGGAAAAUGUGGAUGAUGGAACAGCUGACUACCAUAGCAGCGGGAACAUAGUGAACAACGGCUGGAAGAUCCACAACACAGCCAAGAACAAGUGGUUUGUGUGCAUGGCCAAGACCCCGGAGGAGAAGCAGGACUGGCUGGAGGCCAUCAUGAAAGAGAGGGAGAGGAGGAAAAGUCUGAGACUGGGGAUGGAGCAGGACACAUGGAUGAUGGUAUCAGAGAAGGGAGAGAAGCUCUACCACCUCAUGAGCAAAGGAAACCUCAUUAAAGACCGGAAACGCAAGCUCAGCACCUUCCCCAAGUGCUUCCUGGGAAGUGAAUUUGUGUUUUGGCUGAUGGAAAUCGGUGAGACAGACAACCCAGAGGAAGGGGUUCACUUGGGUCAAGCCCUGCUGGAGAAUGGCAUCAUCCAUCACGUCACAGACAAGCAUCAGUUCAAACCAGAGCCUGUACUGUACCGCUUUCGCUACGACGAUGGCACCUACCAUCCCAGAAGUGACAUGCAUGAUGUCAUAUCCAAGGGUGUUCGGCUUUACUGUCGUCUUCACAGUCUCUUCAAUCCUGUCAUCAGGGAUAAAGAUUACCAUUUGAGGACCUACAAAUCUGUGGUGAUGGCUAACAAACUGAUCGACUGGCUCGUCGCGCAGGGAGACUGCAGAACCAGAGAGGAAGCGCUGAUCUUGGGGGUGGAGCUGUGCAACAACGGCUUCAUGCAUCACGUGCUGGAAAAGAGCGAAUUCAAGGAUGAGCCCUUGUUGUUUCGCUUCUUUGCUGAUGAAGAGAUGGAAGGCUCCAACACCAAACACAAACCAAUGAAGCACGACCUGAAAAUAGUCGAGAAUGUCAUCACCAAGUCUCUGCUGAUAAGACCGAGUGAUGGAGGGUUUGGCUUCACGCUCGAGGAGAGGAACAGAGUUCCCAUCAUCAAAUCUGUGGAGAACGGCUCCUCAGCUGAGAUGGCUGGUCUUGAAGUGGGAAAGAAGUUGUACGCCAUUAAUGGAGACCUGGUAUUUCUCAGGCCAUUCUCUGAAGUGGAAGUUUUCCUCAGGCAGUGCUGUAACAGCAAUAGUCCCCUCAGGGUUUUAGUCAGCACAAAGCCAAGAGAGACAGUAAAGAUUCCAGACUCAGCUGAUGGGCUGGGCUUCCAAAUCCGCGGCUUUGGUCCUUCUGUGGUCCAUGCUGUUGGCAGAGGCACGGUGGCAGCCAUCGCUGGCCUCCACCCGGGCCAGUGCAUCAUCAAGGUGAAUGGCAUCAAUGUAAGCAAGGAGAGCCACGCCAGUGUCAUCGCUCAUGUCACCGCGUGUAGGAAGUACCGGCGACCCACACAGCAAGAUACUAUUAAGUGGGUCUACAACAACACAGAGAGUGCCCAGGAGGACAAGCAGAAAAUGAACCAGAAACCCACGCCCAACGAGGAUGGAGACGGCUUUGAGUGUAAAGUCGAAGAGGUGAUGGACAAAUUCAACACGAUAGCCAUCAUCGAUGGGAAGAAAGAUCACGUGAGCCUGACGGUAGACAAUGUCCACCUGGAGUACGGGGUGGUGUACGAGUACGACAGCACAGCCGGCAUCAAGUGUCAUGUAUUAGAGAAGAUGGUGGAGCCCAAAGGAUUCUUCAGCCUCACUGCAAAAAUCCUGGAGGCACUGGCACGUAAUGAUGACAUGCUGGUGCAGAUGUGCAGCCGGCUGGGUUCCAGCUGUGAUGUAAUCCCUGAGGAGCUGAAGUUGCGUUUCAGUGCCAUGUGUGGAGAGAAGGUGGAACACAUCAACCGACGCAUUACCAAUUACAGGAAGUUUGCUCGGGUACUGAAGAACAGGGCGUGGCCAACCUUUAAACAGGCCAAGGCCAAGGUGUCCCCCCUCCACAGCAGUGACUUCUGCCCCACAAAUUUUCACAUCAAUGUGAUGGAGGUGUCCUACCCCAAGACCUCCACCUCUCUGGGUAGUGCCUUUGGUGUGCAGCUGGACAACAGGAAGAACACUUUGGAGAAGGGAGGAAGCAGUGUGGCUGAGCAGGGUGAGAAACCAAACCCUGUCAUCAACAUCCAGCACGUCAUCAGCACCAUGGCUGCACCAUCGGGUCACACCCUGGGCAGGACAGAGGGACACGGCCUUCGCUUCUUGCUUAGAGAAGAUGAUCUCCUCACCCUGGAUACAUAUCAGAAGCUCCUGUACAAACUCACAACCAUCGUGAAGGAGAUGGAGACACACGGUGCUCUCAUUCAUGACCUGCUUUCCUCCAUCACUCACCUGCCAGCGUCAGAGGCGAGGAAUCCGGAGAGCUACAUAUCUGCUGAGACUGAGGGGGAGAAAGGGGAGCGAAAUGGUAAAAAAGUGUGUUUCAGUGUGGCAGGAGAUGAGCAGGAGGAUUCCGGACAUGACACCAUCAGCAACAGAGACUCGUACAGUGAUUGCAACAGCAACAGAAACUCCACCGCGUCAUUCAGCAGCAUCUGCAGCAGCCACUGCAGCUCCUACGUCCACAGUGACGAGAUGGACUCAGGGGAUGAAGUGUCCUCCAGUGUGUGGUUAUCACAUGACAAACAGAAAAAACUCCACAGCUUCCUGGAGCAUCUUUUCAGCCAGGUGGACUCGAUUGCCAGCAUGCUGAGAGGAGCAGUGGUGGCUCGAGCUUUUGAGCAGGCAAAGUGCUUCACCCCUGGCCGAAGAUUACAAGAGUUUCAGCAGGAGAUGGAAGCCAAAGUGAACUGCACAAAGAAGCUGCGCCUUCAUGUCAAACAGGAUCCCUGGAACCUACCCACUAGUGUUCAGGCCCUCACACAAACGAUUGCUAAAUGUGUGGAAGAGGUGAAGACACGGCUGCUAUUGGUCUUACUUCAGUACACAGAUUCAGAGAUCCAGCUGCGAAGAGAUAUGGUUUUUUGUCAGUCUCUAGUUGCAGUUGUUUGUGCCUUCUCAGAACACCUCUUGGCUGUUCUCAACCAGUUCCACAAUGUGGCCGUGGAGUCUGAGCAGGACAUUCCAGACACCCAGGACCUUCAGGAGGCCCAAGAAGCCAGUCGUCGUUGGUUGGACCAGAUCUCCACCGCUGGGCUGCUGUUCCACUUCCAGUCCCUCUUAUCCCCCAACCUGACUGAUGAGCAGGCCAUGUUGGAGGACACUCAGGUGGCCCUCAUUGACUUGGAGAAGGUCACGUUCUGCUUCCAGCAGUUUGAAGGAGAGCCUCUAGUGGCCAACAUGCCCAUUUCAUACCAGGUGGAAGGAUCCCGGCAGGCCCUGAAGGUUUGCUUCCACUUGGAACGUUUCUACUUCUCUCAGCUGCCUCAAAGGCUGAAAAACGGUGGAGGCUUCAAAAUCUACCCUGUGCUCUUCACACAAGCUUUUGAAAGUAUGAGGGGGUAUUACUACAGAGACAAUGUGUCUGUGGAGGAAUACCAGGCCCAAAUCAACGCUGCCUCCUUGGAUAAAGUCAAACAGUACUACAAGAGAUUGAGGGCGUUCUGCCUGGAUCAGUCCAACAUGUCAGCCAGCUCUGCUCCCAAAGCAGCCCUCAUAGAUAAGGUGAUGCGUCCGCUGAACACUCUGGAGGAGCUGUACCGUCUGAUGGAGAGUUUUAUCAGUUGUUGUCGCACUGCUGCCUGUCAGUUCACCGCCUGCGGCGCUUCCGGAGUGGGGCUGCUCACUGUGGCCUCCGAGCUGUGCUCACGUCUGGGAGCCACACAUGUCGUCAUGUGCAACAGCGGUGUUCAUCGUUGUACAUUAAGUGUGACACUGGAGCAAGCCAUCGUGCUGGCCCGAAACCAUGGCCUGCCCCCUCGCUACAUCAUGCAGGCCACUGAUGUCAUGCGAAAACAGGGGGCAAGAGUUCAGAAUUCUGCCAAGAAUCUAGGAGUCAGGGACCGUACGCCGUCAUCAGUGCCAAGGUUGUACAAACUGUGCCAGCCUCCGCCCCCAGAUGGUGACUCGUAAAUCAUAAUGCACCAUAAUCCACAAUGUUCAUGAAGACAUCCAGAGCAGCUUUGAGUGUCACGCCUCCUGUUCC